AUGACUGAAAAGGCUGUGUGGGAUGAUGCCCAUUUGAAGAAACUCAUUGAUAUAUUGAGAGAAGAGGUUUCAAAUGGAAAUAGACCAUUAGGUCAUCUAAGCAAGAAGGGCUGGAAAAAUGUUUUGGAGAAAUGGGAAGCAAGAACGGGAAAGAAGUAUCCCAAGGAUAAAUUCAAGAACAAAUGGGAUGCAAUAAAAAAUGAGUAUGUUUGGUUCAUGGAGCUGAAAAAUGAAGCUACUGGACUUGGAUGGAAUGAUGCAAAGGGGACCGUUGAUUGCUCAAAAGAAUGGUGGGACGAACAUCUUGUGAGAUGCCAGGAGAGGACAAAAAAGAAAUGCAACCAUUUGAAGUUCAAAAAGCACGGACCAAAGCACCUUGAAGAUUUACAUGUCAUAUUUCAGAAUGUACAUGUCACUAGGGCUAGUGCUUCUUGUGCUGGAGAUAUUUCCUCCGAUGAAUCAAGUGAUGACAAUGCAGUUCUUUUGGAGAAACCAUAA